ACGGUCCAGACCCGAUUUGACAGUAGCAGUGCACGAAGAUUUGUAGGCAGCCGUUCAGACAAAACACAAAAAAUGGCGUGCAGUCUUCAAUAUGGUAUACCAUGGAAGCUCAAUUUUACAUUUCCGGAAGGCGGAUACAAGAAAAAUUUCAAACUCAACUUGAUUCCUGAUGAGGGAAUUCAAAGAAGCAUUAUCACAUGCAAAUGGUCAGAUUCCUACAAGUGUGACACUGAAGACGGUUUUGGAAUUGAAUUUCCAUCUGAUAAUGAAGCCCUGAUCACGUUACCUAUGGACUUCAAUGAUACACCUGGAAGUCUCAAUUGCCAAUUCUCAGGCCAGCAAGUAACCAGCCCAGUUGGAUGCUCAUGGCCAGUGAGAGCAUCUGAACCGAUUCUCUGGAGGUCAGAGGAAUCCGGAAACGAAGAUAGUAACCCAGGAAUAAUUAUUGGUUGUGUUAUUGGGUCUAAUCUCAUCGUCUUCAUGCUUCUUCUCUUCAUUCUUCUGUACAGAAGAUACAAGCAUCAACAAAGUCCUUGUUCUCCAGAGGAACCUAACAUGAAUGAAAGCCCUUUGCCAGGCUCUAAAAAAGAAGAGAUUUCCCUGUUCGCACGCUUAAACGCGAAAAUGGUGGACAAUAAAUAUAUUUUUUUAAAGAACAUCACCAGGAAGGAAACGGACGUCAGUAAAAUUAAUGAAAUGAAGCCAUCUCUUGGGAAUGAGGACAAUACAUUCACCAAGAGAAAGAACUCGCAAGAGCAAGAAUCAAAUGAGAAAAAUUCAUGUAAAAUGAGUUCAGAGAAGAAAAGCGGUGAUAAGGAAGCAGAUAGCACAAAUAAUGAUAAAGGUUUUCAGGAAAAAAGAAGCGAUGAGGAAAAAGCAGUGACUGCGACACUGAUGAAAAAAACCAGUGAUGAUGGCUUCGGGGGAAAAAGGCGGAAGCUCAGAGCUUGAAGGAGAGAAACAUGGAUAAAUCGAUUACUUGAUGAAAGCAGCUCAUUAUUCAUCUUCAACAAACGACUUUUCAUCGGACUGUAUUCUCCUUUAUUUCCAACUCACAAAGCACGCUUUUACUCACAGAAACAGGCUGGAGGACGUGCUGGCAAGACCAACACCGAUAACUUUUUGAGAACGUUCCCUCAUCUUUGGAUUUUGUUAUCCAUCAAGCAGUCACGUCAGGAAAACGCAGAUGAACUUGAACACCACGCUCAGAGAAUACAGUCUUUUCAGGACACGUGUUUAGCUGGCCUCAUUUUCGAGAAAAUAUAAGGAUGCAAAUGAGAUUCCCUGCAAUUAUUAUGCACCUUUUAGCAGCAUUCAUUAUGAGUUAUGAAAGAAGAUUAGGUAUUUACAUUAACAAACUAUGUAGUGAGUUAGUGGAAAAGGUAGCUUGCAGCCCUCACCUAAAGCUUGUGAUCGAUUCUCUUUUUGCAUUGAUUUUACCAUUCCCACUUGUUCUUGAAGCUUGUACUAAAUUGUAACUAUUUACAACUUAUUUUUGUCGGAAAUCUUCAUGUAAAUAAUUGUGACCCUCAACGACGAAAUGAGUCUUCAGUCGCGAGGAGCAGUUUUGUGCUAGAGACCGAAAGGUGAUAGGAGUCAAUUAGUGCAGUUUGACUUUUGUUUACAAAUUGAUUCCUUGGUUAUUAGACUAUCAGGAAAGUACACUGCUAUGUUAACAUAAAAGUUAGAAAUUAACUUUAAAUACGUUUUACUCGAGGUACCCUACUGCGAUCGUACUGCUUUCGCGAUCGCUGUUUCGAUUCUGUUUUCCUGUCUUAACCCAUCGUGUUACACCUUGACAGAAAGCCAGGAGUCUGUAUGUUCAACCUCUUUAAAGAACGAUUCAUAUAUUAACCGAUCAAAAAGAUUUGUCUGCAAAUUUUUACGAGUAAACAAAAACUUGUCGGCCAUCCUGACGCUAAUCUUUGAACC